GGGAAUACCUGCCCAAGCGCCACAUUCACUGUUCUCGUUAUCACCUGCCGCCAUAUUGGAUAAACUACCAGUGGAAGAGGAGGGAAACUGAAAUAUUGCUUCUGUGUCGCUACUUUCGUUGUAGUAUAGUUAAAACCAGGGUUAAAACAGUCGUCCGUAGCUGUAUGUGUAGGACACAUUUAAGUGGUUUAUAAUAUCGGUCAGUGAGAGUCCGAGGCGAGGGGUUUCGUCUUUUGACGUUGUUAGGACUUGUUGUAAAUAUGACUUCCCUAACACAGCGGAGUUCGGGCCUAGUGCAGAGGCGGACCGAGGCCUCUCGUAGCUCUGCCGCCGACAAGGACAGAGGGUCCGGGGAUGAGGACUUCGAGACCCACCGCGGAGAAGAGGAGGAGGAGGAUGACAAGGGAGACUCCAAAGAAACUCGACUCACAUUGAUGGAAGAAGUGUUACUCUUGGGAUUGAAGGACCGCGAGGUGAUCUGUAAGUCYGAUGCUCCGACGGGAGACGUGCUAUUGGACGAGGCUCUGAAACACGUGAAGGAGACCCAGCCCCCAGAGACGGUGCAGAGCUGGAUCGAGCUGCUCAGCGGUGAGUGUGUCAGAGGUUUACUACUAACAGAGUGGUCUCAGCCCCCAAACAGGGUUUACUACUAACAGAGUGGUCUCAGCCACCAAACAGAGGUUUACUACUAACAGAGUGGUCUCAGCCCCCAAACAGAGGUUUACUACUAACAGAGUGGUCUCAGCCCCCAAACAGAGGUUUACUACUAACAGAGUGGUCUCAGCCACCAAACAGAGGUUUACUACUAACAGAGUGGACCGGUAUUAUAAUACU